AUCUGGGUGGAGUUAAGUAGGCUAUCUGUGUCACACACUGACAACUGGGAAACCUCCUGCACCGAGCUAACAGGUGUCCUCCUCCUCCUCCUCCUCCUCCUCCUCCAGAGCCACAGUCACAGCACCGGGGGGCUUCAGAGUCUCUCCCUCCUCUGAUGUGAACGCUGCUCUUUACUUUAUCAGACCUUCUACCUUCCAGGAAACCGCUUCACACAAAUCUACAAAUGAUGCACUCGGCACAGAAAGACACCACGUUCACCAAGAUCUUUGUGGGAGGUCUUCCUUACCACACGACGGACUCCAGCCUCAGGAAAUACUUCGAGGUGUUUGGAGACAUCGAGGAGGCUGUGGUCAUCACCGACCGGCAGACGGGCAAGUCCAGAGGUUAUGGAUUUGUGACCAUGGCAGACCGGACCUCGGCUGACCGAGCCUGCAAGGACCCCAACCCCAUAAUAGAUGGCAGGAAAGCCAAUGUGAACCUGGCCUACCUGGGGGCCAAGCCAAGGGUCAUACAGCCAGGUGAGGGACUGGACCACAGCUUUCUUUCCCAACUUCAAGAUAAUCAAGGAUUUGCAUUUGGCAUGCCUCAGAUCCAUCCAGCAUUCAUCCAAAGGCCUUACGGAGUCCCUGCACACUACGUCUACCCUCAGGCCUUUGUCCAACCCAGCAUGAUGAUCCCUCAUGUACAACCUUCUGCUGCUACAGCAACAGCUGCUGCUGCCACUUCCCCAUACCUUGACUAUACUGGAGCGGCGUAUGCGCAGUACUCUGCAGCCGCUGCCACCGCUGCUGCCGCUGCUGCUGCAUAUGAGCAGUAUCCAUACGCAGCUUCACCAGCACCAACAAGCUACAUGACUACAGCAGGGUAUGGAUACGCUGUCCAGCAGCCACUCGCCAGUGCUGCAACCCCAGGAGCUGCCGCUGCUGCUGCCGCCUUCAGCCAGUACCAACCUCAGCAGCUCCAGACAGAUCGCAUGCAGUGAAACCAUGUAAACUGCCUUACAGGAGGAAAGCAGGGGAGGUCACAUCCUCCCAUGAAGAGGGCAAAGUUAUGAGGGGGAAGAUGAUAGUUGUCACACCCAGGUUUUAAGUUAACAGUCCUUCUACCAAAGAGCCUGCAGAAAAUCAGCAAAAAAUGUGGAGAAAAGUGAGGGAUUACUGUUUAUUUUA